ACUACAUUUACUAGUGUACUUAUAAUAUUACAAUUUGUAUAAUUUUUAAUAGAACUACUGUAUCUCUAAAAAGAGGAUUGAUAGUUGAUUCAUUUAGCAACUUUGUGUGCUAUAAACCACCUAGGUUUAGUUCUAAACACAUCCAAAUGAUGUUAAAGAUAUUGAUUUAAUAUUAACACUUUUUUCGGGUUAAAUAUUGACACCAUUUUUAUGAAUAUGCAUAUGACACAAUUAAAUAUCUGGGCAGGAAACAGAGGUUAAAAACUAAAAGCAAAAAAGGAAAUGAAGCUAAUCAAAGUAGACUGAAAAAAAAAAUGGCGCUAAUACUCCGAUCACCAGCAACAACAUCUUUUGCCAUCAAGAAACUCCAUAAUCCACCUUAUCUGCUGCAGUGCCACAAUCUUCCUUCAAUUCCAAAGCAUAGAAAUCUCACAGUCAAAUUUCAAGACUCUUCUUCUUCUUCUUCUGCUUCAACUUCAGAGCCCUCUAAAUCAACAGAGUCCACAACUUCCUCAUCCUCAUCCGCGGUGGCCCCACCACCUCCCCAGAAAAAACCCAACUCAGCUGCUGGCUUAGGUUUCGGUUCAUCGGCGGUUUCUACGAAGACUUCGUCCCCACCGACGGUAUCAAAGAAGAAACAAAAAGGCAAGAGAGAAAGGGCUUCCGUAAUCCGCAGAGCCCCUUUGGAGAAACCCAGUUUUGCUGCACAAAAUGAUGAGGGUAAAGCUAAGGAACAAUCCCAGAACGAGAGUGCUUUUCUUCUUGCUUGGUUAGGCCUCGGCGCUAUUAUUCUUGUGCAGGGCCUUGUUCUUGCAGCCUCAGGUUUUCUUCCUGAAGAGGUGGAUAGGUUCUUUGCCAAAUAUCUUUACCCAACUUUCACUCCCACGGUUGGCUUGUUUGUGGCUGGAACGGUGGCAUAUGGAGUGCUGAAAUACCUGCAAAAUGAGAAUCUUAAGAAUGUGGAAUAGUUUUCCAUUUCAGGUGGAUAUCUCAUCACAGUAUCUAAAUUCACUGGAUUAAAGGAGGUGACCUUAGUAUAGUUCAUCGUGUUUUAUCCUCUGCCUGCUUCUUGUUACAAUUACAGUCAUUGAGGAUAUUGUAGUGAUAAUAAAAUGUAGAAAAUGCUGUUCAUCCACCUUCCCUUCCCCAUACCAAGAAAGUGCAGUUUUUGAUUGGUUUGCACAAAUAUACUAUAUUGUUGUUGAAUCACACUUGCUAACUUUACUUUGAGAGCUAUCUCUUCAGAUGAAUCUCUCUUUUCUAAUAUGGAUUUCUAAUCAAUCCCAGCAAGAUGUGCAUUUGUCGCGUUAUAUAAAUGAAAAUUAUUCAAGUAGCAUCUUGGGCACAUUAUGGCUUAUGAAUAUGGUGUCUGAUUUUGGCUUUGGACUAAUGGCAGAGAUAUAACCUUUGCUCUCUGCAUUAAGAUCCUAUCAUGUUUUCGCUUGGAACUGGGCAGUCUGGUGUAUUUAGUUUGCUAUACUUGAAUGAUACAAACCUUCUUAGGGGCCCAUUUCUGUUCAAGAUGCAAUAUAACACAGUCAUUAACAAUGUUUCAAUGCUGAACAUUGUUGGAUAUGGUGGUGAUAGGCACUUGCUAACAUUCUUCCUUCUUGGUACCACUAACUCUGGGAUCAAAUAAAGAAUGAUAGUUGCUCAAAAUUAGGCCUUUAAAACUAUGCU